UUACCGCUUAUUUCUUUUCAGAUUCCCCUUUUAUAGCCGAGACUCGAGAAAGCAAUGCACCAAAAUGACGAGUUUAGAUCAGGCAAUUAGGCUGGUUAGACAAGCAGUUCUUCAGGACUCGAAGAAAAACUAUCCAGAAGCAUGUCGAUGUUACAAGGACGCAAUACUUGGGUUCUAUGAAGUAGGAAGACGAGGUGACGGGUCUCCGGAACUCAACGAGUUUAUAAAUACCAGGGUCACACAAUAUGAGGACAGGCUAAGAAUCAUCGAGAGAUAUUUACUGGAACAAGCCGAUCUAUCUACACUUCUGAAAGACCUAGAAAUAAACAGUGUGCACGAUAAAUCCAGAUCCAGUAUUUCGAGUUCAGGGUCAUAUAGUUCAAGGCAACUUUACAAAAAUCCUUUUUUGACAUUAGCUUUGGAAUUACUUAGAAAGGGGAGAAAAGCUGAUGAAAAACGAAACUUUAAAAUGGCGGUUUCCUUUUAUGAGAAUGGACUUAUGAAACUUCAAGAUAUCAUCAGCAAAGGUCUUCUUACAUCAAGUCAAGAGAAGAGUGUUCGGGAGAAAUGCUUGAUGUAUCAUGAACGUGUACAACUCAUCAGACAAAACAUAGAAGAUGGAAAACAAAUCAGAGAUCGUAGUUUCGACAUGAGCAGCUUGAGUUUAAACUCCACUGGGAAUAGCAACAGUCCAAUUCCUUUCACAGACACAGAUACAGCCCUUCAGAUGGAAGAGGUUCAAAGUUGUAGUUGUGAUUUGGGAUCUUGUGUAUCCUUGAAUCAAUCUUUCCACGCAGAGAGAUUUUACAAACCUAAACCAAGUCCUAAAGCUGAGUAUUGGCCUAGGAGUGUACUUAAACCUCAGACCAUACACAGUUCUUUACUCUCCCUUACCAAAAACAGAGAUAAAUCAGGGGUUUGCAGUUCCACUCAUUCUUUGUAUCCGAAUUGUGAAAUAAGACGACCUUCACCAAGACCUCCAGGACCGAUUGAAAGAUUAGAUGUAAAAGUUCCCUUGGUCAACAUGAGCCAGGAACUCAGUUUAUCCGACUGUUCUCUUAACAGUGAAUGUUCCAUUAGCAAAUGCAAAUGCAGUCCACAUCUUGGCAACUCAUUGGUUUCUAUUAAAAACAGACAUUCUCAGACAUCUAUCGCUAAUUUCGAGAUUGAUGAGAUAGAUAGAACAGAGUCUGAGCUGAUAAAUUUAUCCAUCAGCUAUGAUUAUCUAAAGGUUGAUUCAAGAGAUGACGCAGAAAGUGAUUCUGGUUACUCAGAUCCUAGUCCAGAUGGACGAGAUGCAAAGUCUCCAGAAUCAUCAGACCGAAAAUCACCAUUUAGUGAUCUUGAGGAAGAAGUCCUCGAAAUGUCGGAAAUCAUACCAAACGUCAUAAUCCAGAACGAGUCCCGAGAACAGACUACCGCACAGAAGACUUUUCGUCGUCGCUUUGGCAGGGAGGUUAGCAUCUUCCAGAAUCCAGAAAAGGAUAUUUUGACCUCCCAGGUUAGUCGAGAUAACCUUGCGGUUCUCUCACAGGAUAGUGUUGACGUUGGAGUUGUACAACCCUCUGCAUCAUCACUUGUAAAACCAGAGAUUUACGGAAGACCUCCAGUUCGUGAGGUUAUCCCUAGUCGAUCAGUGGCACGCAGGGAACAAGAACAUCGAGAUGGGUGUUUUUACGUUGUUGCAGCUUUAGAUUUCUGUUGGUGUCUUUAAGCAUAUAUAUUUAAAAUUCAAAUUGUUGUGAAACUUGUCUAAGACAUUGCAUAAUAUUUUAAUCGUUUUAAUUUGGUUUAUUAUUCUAUAUUAAUAACUAAAAGGAGAAUUCUUAUUCUUUUAUAUUUUCUUGUAAAACUUGUAUUAAAGAAACAAAACAAAUAUGUUAGCUAAUUUUUGUUUAUAUGGUGCUAAUUUUGUAUGAUUUGUGCUUUGGUAGCUGUUAUUGACGGGCAGCUGAUCAGUAUUCAAACUUUUCUUAAAAUCAGAUCAGUUAGCAUGAAUCUUCAUAUUUAUUCAUUUAAAAAAAAUAUUUUGAUAACUUUAUAUGUAUGUGACUAUAAAAAGCUAAUUAGAUAAUUAGUCGA